UUGUUGGCGCCAGAGAAGUCAGAGAAGUCAGAGAAGCCCGAGCAGCCACCGACCAAGCCGGCGCUUUGUCCAUCCCACCAAGAUCGUGCACAAUCAAGCCAGAUCCAUGAAAGCAGAGAGCAAGAACGGAGCAGCAGUGAUCCUUGCCGACCGGGCGGUCGGGCUCGCAAACUACCCACACGCCCGCAUCGCCGGCGGCCUGAUAUUCGUCUCGGGCGUCUCUUGCCGACGGCCGGACAACACAUGGGAAGGGGUUGAGGAGCUGGCCGAUGGCUCGUGGAAAUCCGAUAUCUCCAAGCAGACAGCGGCCGUGCUGGAAAACAUUCGUGUCAUUUUGCAAAGCGUCGGGACCGACCUCGACUCCCUGGUCGAUCUGACGGUCUUUCUGGUCGACAUGAAGGACUAUGCCGCAUUCAACAAGGUCUACAACGCCUACUUUGCCGCUGAGAAUGGGCCGGCGAGGACCACUGUUGCGGUCCGUGAGCUACCCAACCCGCGCCUUCUCAUCGAAAUCAAGGCUGUUGCGUUGGCUCCAUCAGCGUAGUGAGCAGUUCGUCAUGAAGCAUACGGAGUGCGUGCAUCAAUGUCGGUAAAAUGAAGCGAUUCGCCAUAGAGAGCUCAGGCCACUGCUCCGUCGUGACUACGAUAGUCAUGAUGCGCGCUGCAUAAGUGUUCCUAUGUUUGUCAUUUACACUUUAUUCAGAAAAAAACGGGACACCACAGCCGUUUCCAUGAACGUGUAGUAUGUGAUGGCAUGCGUCAAGCAAAGCCACAAUAAAUAAAAC